UUUCAUUUUAAUCAUUAAUGAUAGGCCUAACUAUUAAACUAAACUUUAUUUAGCUGCUUAAUCAAUGAUGAGAUAGAAGGCCUACUCAGUGUGUGUGUCUACUGUCGACAGCAUGUGAAUGGCUGACAAACAAGACAGGUCAUCUGGUGAAAUGGAUAGGUUGCUGAUACACAAACCUGAGAUUGAUUUGCUGCAAAAGUCAUUCUCCACCACACAGACAAAAAUAGAAAAAUCGCUGUUGACUGUGUUUGUUCAGCCCUUGCCAGAGAGUUACAUCAUUCUCAGGUAUCAGCUGACAGAAAACUAUCCCAGAAUUUCUCCACAAGUUCACAUAAUUUCUGACUGUCUGUCAAAAAUGCAGACAAGCAGUUUUCAGAAUUUUCUUGAAACAAAGGCUAAUGAAUUGACGGGCCGCCCCAUGCUAAUAACACUAGUUAAAGAGGCCAAAAAUUAUUUGAUAACUUCUGGGUUUGCUGCUGUUGAUGAACUAGAAUUCACAGAUCUAUCAAGAAGAAAGAAAAAAGAUGUCUGUAACAAAAAACUUGCCAAAGCAAGAAAUAAAAACCAUAAGAAAGGAGCUUCAUCUCCAACUGAUGACAUAACAAAUGGUGAAUCUUCUUGUCAGGGUCCCAUUUUUUCUCCGCUAGACACUGCUGUUGCUGGGAAUUAUGAAAAAUCAAUUCAGAAAAGACCAAGUCAUUUCAUUGCUGUCAGAAUAACAAACCAAGACAUUAUCCAAAGACUUUCACACGCUCAAAAACUUCUGGUAAAGAGAGAACCACUUCUAGAGAAAGGUGUUUUCUCAAAGGAAACAAUUCACUUGACUCUCUGUAAAGUUGGACUUGAUACACCAGAUGCUGUCACUCACUGCAUUGACUCUCUUAAUCAAAUGAAAUCAAGCCUCAAUUCAAUACUUCCAAUUAGCCCUUUGGUUAUUAAUAGCAUGUCUCAGUUUUAUAACAGAGCAAUAUUUGCCAAAGUUACAGUCAGAGAAGACUUUCUUCUAUUUCAUAAGACUUUAGUCAAAAGAUUAGCAGAUAGCGCUAUAGAUAUUAGGGACGAAUAUGAAACUUUCACACCCCAUGUAACAAUAAUAAAAGUAAAGAGACCUGAGAGAAAAAAGUUUGGGAGUAGAAACAUUGAGCCGUCUAUUUAUUCACAAUUUUUGGACACUGUGUUUGGUGAGCAAGUUCUCAGUGACUUGUAUCUCUGCUCAAUGGAUGGUCAGAGAAGAGAGGAUGGCUUUUAUAGGACGCUUCAUGAACUACAUUUUACUUAGAUAACAAGUAAGAUGGUGGUUUAUUUAUUUUGGUGGUUUAACUUGAUGCAUGACAACAAAAACAACACUGACAUUUUAUACUGUGAUAUUGUUCAGUGGAUGGUGAAAGAAGCAAACAAGGACUUUUGAGACAAUGUGAUGAACAUUUAAAGAUGUUACCUAGCAUGAACUUUGUAUCAUUAAACAAUGAAUAAUGAUUUAAAAAUUUGGUACUUUUUAGGGGGUACAGGUUCAACUUUGUGACUAGCCUACUUUAACUUAGGGAGUCUGGCUUUUUGUGAACAAGGGGGGAAGCAUACAUUGUGGAUAGCUCUUGCUAAAUAUAAGAAAGUCAAGUGCCCAUUCUUUGGGGCAAGUGAACUAGAAUUCACCUGUUUCUGUGAUCUUGGCACACGAGGGGAAAGUGUGGUCAGAACUAUGCCCAGCUAAAGUGAGUCAAGUUUCCAUCAGAGGCGUUGCUAAAUGUACAGGUCAAUAUUCGGUAUAUUGUACAUUUACAUCAAGAUUUAUCCAUUUGGCACAUUUUUUUGCAUGGCUUCUAAAAAGUGUAUACUAUUAGUAAAGUCAUAACUUUUUAAACCAUUUUCAGAAACAAAACUGAAGCAACAAGCAAACACAAAAUUUGUUGUACACU